CUGAAUCAGAAGGGAGCAUUUUUCACGAUCUACCACCACAUGAUGGACGCAGGAGUGGUUUGUAAUCAUUGUGGCUUACCGUAUACAUUGUCAGAGGAUGAGGAUGUGGGGAGGUUGCCACAUGUGCUCUUCUGUGGACAUAUCUUCUGCUCAGAGUGUCUGGACUCCACCAUCUCUGAGUCCACCAUCUGCUGCCCAGACUGCACGAUAAACACUGAUAUCGGUGAAGAAGGGGUGGACGGAUUGCAAGUGGACAGCAGGAUAAUUGGCCUUAUGUACACAACCAAGAUGAACUCCAAGAGGAAGCUUUCCAGACAGCCAGCUCGCAGAUGGAGUGAUAAGCGUCAGUCUGACCACAAGAAGCUUGCUGAAGAAGGUCCAGAUGUGGAGAAAGUUUUAAACGUAGCCCUCUGUAAAGCUUCAGAAAACAUUAUUACUCUAGAUAGACUACACCAGACUCUGGAUUCAGGUAUUCAGGCUCAAUUGAAGAGAGAGAGGACUCGAAUCAUAAAGGAAAUUGAUAACUGCGUGGAAAAGGCAAUCCUCAUACUGCAUAAAAGACGUAGCUCGCUGGUGUCUGAACUGAGCUGUCUAGAGAAGCUCUUCUCGGCUGGGAGGGACGAGUGUCAGAAACUGCAGAGGAGACGGAGAGAGCUGCACACAGCCAUCCAGAAAGCACAACAUGUUCUCCAGGUCUCAUUGCUGGAGUCUUACUGCAGUCUGGAUGAGAUUCUGGAGAACCUGCAGAGUCCCGUGGAGUCGUAUGACAUGAGCUGCCUCACUCUGCGUUCAGACCUUAAGUGCGUUCUUAACGUGGACUAUGUGAAAAACUCCCUGGAGGUCACAGAUGGAAAUUUUAAGCUUGUAUGCGAGGACGUGGCCGUCCCUCCUGCUGCAGAGCACGUCAAGAAUCCAGCGAGGAAUGAAAGUUCAGGAGAAAAGAGAAGAGGCAGAGAAAGCCCUCGAGCGGCCAUUUCUCCUCAUCCAGCUUCUCCCAGACACAUCCGUGCUCCAAGCCCUAGCCUUAUUAUUGAAGAAAUCAUUGAGGAACCAGUUAUUGACCGAGAGCCCAAGCAUACCGAGAGACAAAGGGUACAGAGGAAGAAUCGCAAGACACCGACAGACAGGAUCAGCUUCUCCCAAAGCGGAUUGAAGAAGUGGGUUUCAGUGACUCACAUUAUCAACCCAACACACUUCUAUGUGCGCUAUGUGAUGGAGCACAAGGCAGGAGUCCUGCUGGCCAAAAAGAUUAACAGCAUCUGCUCUGGAGAACGCAGCAGGUUCACUGAAUUGGACCAGAUCAAGACUGGAUCGCUGGUGUUUGUUAAAUGGAAGGAGGACGUGUGGUACAGAGCAGUGGUGUGUGAGUUGUUCCAGAAAGGCUGUCUGGAUUGUGUGAGUCAGUGCUCCGCAAACGAUGUCGCACGCCUGGAAGUAUUCUUCUCCGAUUAUGGCUUUUUUAAGGGACUCACCGUCUCAGGUGAUGAUCUCGUUGGUCUGAAUGCAUGUGUGCGGAGAGCUUAUCCUGCUGCACAGGCAGAUCUGCAUCGCUGGGAACCUCAGGCUGUUCGGUGUUCCCUAAAAGACAUUGUUCCCUCAGACCUGGUAAAAGGCUGGAGCGUGGAAGCAUCUGAAGAGAUGAAGCGUGUGGUCGGCUCAAGUGCCGUGGAGAUGCAGGUGCUCGGUGAAGAGAGAGACGCGCUUCUGGUGGAUCUGAAGAAAGUAUCGAUGAACUCUUCAUUUUCUCUGAGAGAACACCUCGUGUUCAUGGAACUUGCCAGGUUCUAUUCCCCCCAGGUGGCCCCUGCAGGUGGUAAGAUAAUGCGGUUUUACCCCCCUGUGUUACCCAAACUGAAUACUGCGCUGAACGCUGUGGUCUCGCAUGUAAACACACCAUCAGACUUCUACAUACAGCUUGUGGAAAAUAUGGAGUUCCUGCUACUGAACACAAAACUACAGGACUGUUAUGGGCUUCCAGAAGCUGAAAGCGAUCUUCAGAUCUACUCUCCUGUUCUGUCCCAGGCCUGUGUUGCCCUGUAUGACAACAAGGACUGGUGCAGGGCUGAAGUCACAGGUUUUCCUGGUGGACAGAAAGUGGAAGUCCAGUAUGUAGAUUUUGGCAACAAGGAAAUUCUGUCUGUUAAAGACCUCCGACAGAUAAAGGAUGAGUUUUUCUCACUGCCAGCCAUGGCACUGUGGUGUUCUCUGCACGGCGUCUUAAGCGUGGGAGAAACCUGGAGUGAGGAGAGCGUCGACGUGUUCCGUGAACUGACAGAACAGAAACUGGUCAUUGUCGUUGUAAAAAAACUCGUGCCCGUUUCCAUGGCAAUGCCCGUGUGUCUGUAUGAAGCCGGUGAGGAUUCUACCGACAGUCUGUCCAGCAUCGAGGAAACACUGGUCACAAAAGGGCUGGCCUUUCUAAGCAGAGAAAUCACAUGUAAGAAAUCUCUCCCUCUGGAGCACACGGUUUGGGAUCCCCCGCUGGUGGAAGAGAGCCCGUGUCGGAGCGAGCCGACGAGCGCCACCCUCGACCCUUCUACAGCGAUGCAGCCCAGUCUGAUCCUGCCGGCUUGUCUGAAAGACGUCAAAGUGAAGGUUACGCACGUGACGUCUCCUGGAAACAUCUGCGUGCAGCUGCUCCAGUACGACACUCAGCUUAAGAGGAUCCACGAUUUGCUGAAAAAAGAGUACACCAAGUCUGAACCCGAAAAGACGGCCUGGGAAGCAGAUAUGUUUUGCGCUGCUAAUGUUAACGGUGUUUGGGAGAGAGGAAAAGUGUACAGUUUGUCUUCCGGCGACGUCGCGGAGGUGCUGCGCUGUGACUUUGGUAAUAAAGUACAGAUCCACUUGAGUAACCUGAGACCACUUCUCCCGGGGUUGGGUGGCUCCUAUCUGCUGGAGUGUUGCCUCAGUGACAUAAGGCCAGCCGGCGGUUGUUCCUCCUGGACGGCUACGGCAUGCGACUUUAUUUCCUACUACCUCACCGGUGCCAUGGCUAUAAUGACUAUUCAGGAGCCGUCCUCCGUCAGACCGGUUCCCGUCUCUUUGUUCUGCUCCAACAGAGCAGGUGGGCACGUCAGCAUAGCGGAUUUCCUCAUCACCGAGGGGCUCGCUCUGAGAGAGAGAGGUGUCCGACCCAAAUCAGAACCUGCGACUGUGUCCCUGGAACAGACUGAGUGUGAAGAUGCAAAGAAGAUCGGUCAGGAGAAUAAAUCGCUCACUCCACCUCGAUCACAUUUGCCCAAACCUGCCCCCAGAACCACUCCUCCUCCAGCAAGAGUGAGAACCCAGGCCUAUCUACCCCCAGAGUUGCCUCCCUGUGGGGACUCGUGCAUGAGCGUUUCUGCUGUCUCCGAUGACGGCGUCAUCCACGUUAUGACGCUACAGGCUGUGUGUGAGUUUGAUCGCUUGCAAGAGCAGCUGCAGCAGUGCAUUAAGAGCUUGCCUAAGCAAAAGCACUAUAACUGGAAGAACGUACUGGGCUGCGUUGUAAUGGGCUCCGACAUGCUGUGGUACCGCGGUCAGGUCCAGGAGGUGACCGGAGGCUAUGUGAAGGUGCGUUACGUGGAUCAGGGGAUUGUGGAGAACAUUCCGGUGUGCCACGUGUAUCCGAUGGCGAUUUGUGAGAACGUCCCACAACUGGCCGUGCCUUGCCAGAUGAACGGGUUAUAUCCGGUGGGGGGGGUGUGGCAGUGUGACGCAGUGGCUCUUAUGAAGGAGUUGUUGCUCGGUCGUUCGGUCAGCGUUCACGUUACUGAGCUGCCAGAGGAUCCGCACGACUCUGUUACCGUGGAGAUAAUACUGGAUGGGAUGCAACUAAGCAGAAUCAUGAUGCACCACCAGCACGCCACUCUCAGCCUGUCCGAGGAUUAUGUGGUGAAAGCUCCAGUACCUGAUUUGGAUCACUUUGACCUGAACACUGAGGGCUUGGAGGAACCACAGACCACGUUAGGGUCGUACACUGACCUCAAACUUCCAGACCAAGGGGAAUCGUGUUGGGUUCAAAUUAAGCACAUUCGGACCCCUAACGAGGUUUUUCUGAGCUUGUUGGACACUUCGGCUCUUGAACACGAACAGGAGUCUUUAGACGAAGCCAUGAGCCGAGUGAACAGUGACAUCGAUGCUUUGCCCCUGCUGGAAGACUUCACUAUGGAUUGUCCUUGUCUGGCUGAAUACAGUGAUGGUAAAUAUUACCGUGCAAAGAUUCUCGGCAUUUCUGAGGUCAAUCCCAGCAUCCAGCUUCUUGUGAGACACGUUGACUUUGGCUCAGACGACAUCGUGCCGCUUUGCAAAUUACGUCGUCUCCCCGAGACGCUGCUCCGUUUCCCGUGCGAGGCCGUUUAUGUUCAUCUGGCCGGGUUCAAGCCUCCGCGUUGUUGUCAGGAGUCAGAACGGAUUCCCUACAGUCCGGAGUGGAGCAUGAAGAGCAUGCUGGAGAUGAUCGACCUGCUGCAUGGAAAAUUGCGUGCUGUGGUGACGGAUGUCGAGCCUCAGCCGACUGUACUGCUGUACAACGCUGAUGGUUAUUUGGUCCACACCCCACUAGUGGAGAAAGGCCUCGCCGAUAACGAGUGAUGAAACCGAAUUAAAAAAAAAGUGAGUACAUAAUCAGUUCUAAUGUAUAUUUAA